AUGGCUUCAGUUAUAGCAUACAUCAAGAACACACUCGCCGAGAACUUGGGUGGACCUGCUCCUCAAAUAGCCACGCAUCAGUUUAGCCUUGACGAUACCCCCGACCAAUCCGGCAAGGUUGCCGUGGUCACCGGAGGCAGCGAGGGUAACGGAUAUGCCAUUACUUACACAUUGAUCAAGCAUAAAAUUGCCAAGGUCUACAUGCUAUCGAUAUCCGAGGAAAAGGCCAAGAAUGCAGUAGAGGCCAUCGCCAAAGACAUGGGAAACGAGGCUGGAGAAAAAGUUACCUGGCUGCAGUGUGAUUUGAGUGACUGGAAGCGCGUCAAAGAAGUUGCAGAAAACAUCAAAAAAUCGACAGAUCGUCUCGAUAUACUCAUCAACAACGCCGGCAGGGGCAUCAUGACUUACCAACUCACAGACUACGGAGUCGAUCGUCACAUGGCCGUGAACCAUAUUGGCCACACCAUUCUGACCUCGUAUCUUCUUCCCUUGAUGAAGAAGACUGCAAGUACCGGCUCGAUUGUGAGAAUCGUCAACAUGUCGAGCAAUCUGCACGAAAGUGUCCCAAGCAAUCUCAAGUUCAAAUCUGUGAAUGACUUGAACCAAGACUUGGGCCCGAAAGAACAGUACGGCAGGUCUAAACUGGCGGGUAUUCUCUAUGCGCGGUAUUUCAACCGAAAAGUAACAAUGGCUGGGUAUCCCAACAUUUUGAUGAACGCAACCCACCCAGGCAUUGUGAGCACGAAACAAAGCAAACAAGAUAUCCACGAGCCAUAUCCUGUGGCCGGCUAUGGCAUGUCAGUAGGAUUCGAACCAUUCAAAAAAAGUCAGUUCCAGGGAGCUGUGAGCACGAUUUUUGCGGCUACGACCACGAAAGAAUCUGGUCAAUACAUCUGCCCUCCUGCUGUCCCAGAGCAGGGUAGCAGCAUGUCGCAGAAUGAAGAGUUGGCGGACGAUUUAAUGGACUUGACGAGAAAGGUCGUUGAGACGAAAACAGAACUAAAAUUGGCCGAGUAG